GUUUUGCCUUGAGCAUGAUCGGGAAUCCUCAGAUUGUCUUACUGGAUGAGCCUUCAUCAGGGAUGGAUCCAAAGUCCAAACAGCGCAUGUGGAGGGCCAUGCGAGCCGCUUUUAAGAACCGUCAGCGCGGCGCCAUCCUGACCACUCACUACAUGGAGGAAGCCGAGGCUGUGUGCGACCGCGUCGCCAUCAUGGUUUCUGGGCAGCUGAGAUGUAUCGGUUCCAUCCAACAUUUAAAAGGAAAAUAUGGCCGCGGUUACAGUUUGGAGGUGAAACUUAGAGAAGAGCUGACGGGGCUCCAGCAGGUGGCGCUGUUGCAUAAGGAGAUCCUACGAAUAUUCCCUCACGCCGCUCGGCAGGAGAGGUGAGCCCUGACCUGUCUGUGUGCUGUGUGAAGAAGUUUAACUGCACAUUUAAUCCAGUUUCAAGUGUCUCAGUGUUUCUACAUGAU